UGUAUACCGUGUGUAUACACAGUGUACUGUACAUGUACAUAGUACAUGUACUGUACAUGUACAUUUCGGGUUAUUCAUCCAUUACGCACGUGUGAUAUUGCAGGCAUAUCAAAACGUACGUGCGUGUAGUGAUUUCGGAUCAGUCGUGGACAUUUACACUGAUCUCGUAGUGAUAACCAUUUGUCAUCACUCACCUCGGCAUCAGAACAUUUUGACAUUUCCAGUUCAACUACCCCGUUUUCGAUCUGCAUUGUAACCAUGUGUCCCGAGUCGAAUGUCAAAAUUCUGGCACCCACUUCUUGACACAAGAUGCGUUUCAUCCUUUCGUAAGAUUUCAAGUCGAGGAUAAAAUCGUUUCACGUGAAGUCGGUUUUUUUCCCCGUUCUAUCGCUGAACCAUGGAGCUACGUGUUCUACAGCCCAUCGGUUCGAUCUUGGUGUCUGCAGCGCUAAUGAUGCUGGUUGGAUUUAGUCAAGGUGCGAUGAAAAAUGCGGGGAAGGUUUCCUCCAAACCAAGGCAAGAGUCGGAUUUUGACCCGACUGAGAGAACCUUCCCAGAAACCCUUGCCCUUGACAGUAAAAUGUCAGCAUUUCUACGAGACAACCAUUACACCGGGGCGACCCUUGGUGUUGCCAGGGGCGACCAGGUACGCUACACUCAGGGUUACGGGCAGACAGACGAGGGAGCCCCGAUGCGACCUACGACCCUGCUACCCAUCUCCAGCCUUUCCAAGACCAUCACGGCAGUGGCCGUCUUGAAAAUGGUUGAGGCGGGAGACUUGGAACUGACCGAUCAAGUCUUCGGUUCCGACGGCAUUCUGUCAUCCUUCCGACCAUCAGACAAGAUGGGUAUGGAUCCCCGUCUCCUAGAUAUUACAGUGGAGCACUUACUGCACCACACGGCUGGCUGGAGCCAGUCUACACCUCGGCUCUACGAUCCCAUGAUGAACUCUGUCUAUCUGUCCAGGGGUCACGAUGUCAUCGAUAUCGCCAAGGAGAUGAGAUUGGAGCAUGACCUUUCACCUGAUGAUGUCAUCACCUACAUGAUGAUGCAACCUCUGGAUAACCCCCCUGGUAUACAGUAUCAAUACUCAAACUUUGGGUACUGUGUUCUUGGACGUGUCAUUGAGCACAUAAGCGGUAAAAGCUAUGCCUCGUUCAUCAGAUCACAGAUACUGGAACCGCUAGGAAUGUGGCAUACACGUAUCAGCCCCAAAAGCUCUUCGCAGAGCAGACAUAACAAUCACAUUCCUGUUUUGCAUUUCUUUGAGGGUGGCAUCCCCUUGUCUGACGUGAGGCCGGAUGUCACCGCCAAGUCGUACAAACUACUUGACUCAACCCUUGGCUGGUGGUCGACCGUGUAUGACUUGAUGCGAUUUGUUACCGGUCUCACCUCAGGGAUGCUACUCAACCCCAAGACUCUGGAGCUCUUGACAAAGCAUCCCGAAGCACCUGUGUCUGAGCAUCGAGACACCUGGCAUGGCCUGGGUGUCCAAGCUAACGAGGAUGCGACCUGGUGGCAGAUCGGGGAUCCCCACGACGACGAGAUCAUCCUCUUUCACCAACAAUCUCUGACGCCGCCCAAAUCCAGGCAGUCCAGAUUUAGGAAGCCCCCAGCUGAAUCCUGGAGCUGGCUGGUCAUCCUGAGCGACAACAACCGCAAGAAUCUCCGACAGACAUUUACUCAGAUCCUGUCUUCUGUCACUCAGUGGCCCGCGGACAACCUCUUGAUUGAAGACUGCAGUGAGAACCCCAUCAGAGGGAGUCAAAAACACUCAACUCUCAUGAACUCUCACGUCGGCGAGGGACAUUUCCCACUCUUCCUCAAUGCAGUGUCCAGACUCUCCUUCUACCCAGUCUGGAUCAGCGCCUACAACAUCAAUCAGAAAACCUACCUAGCCACUAUAUUGAAAAGAGACACCGAAAACUCUUAUCAAGUCUCAAACAGUGUGACAAAAUCUGAGUUAAUCAAUCUAAGAACAGAUAAUUUACUAGACAGCAUGUACCUGAAUUUUGUGACAAGCUACAACAGUCACAACUCCGAUGGUGGUAUCCGCUACUCGGCUAUCUUCAGUCAAACUCCAUCUAGAAAUACAAAGUUUGGGAUUGGCGAAAGUUUGGAUGACUUCAGUGCCUCACUUGAUGAAGUGGCAGGAAAACACAUGCCAACAACCCAGAGCGUGGCCUCUUUAGACGGCGUCGGACACUUCACGUACUCUCUGAGUGAUCACAAAGUGUACAGUUGGAAGUCAUUUCCAAAUCUGACUCUUGAUCAGUUGGAGCUGCAGAUCAGGAUGAAUGCCAAGACGGAUCAAGUUCUCUCGUAUCUUGACUCCUACACUCAUCAUGGGGAUGUUUUGUUCUCUGCUGUCUUUGGCCCAGCUAGAGCUGGAAAAUGGCAAGUGCAGACCGAGGUCCGGCAGAAUGAACUAUCGGACCAGAUCGCCACGCUUCAAGGUUUGCAUUUUCGACCGAGACUAGUUGUGGGAUAUGAGUGUAAGGGUCACCCAUGUUUUGUAAUAAUGUGGAAAAAACACUGAAAUAAACUUGUUGAUCCAUUAUUUUCAGGUGCUGAAUUGUUACCUUAAAGGAAAAAAACGUUUAUGCUCCACUAUGAUUUUUGUUUUUUAAUACAACAGAAAUUAUGUUCAUGAAACCAUUUUGCUUUUUUGAGAAUCAAACAAAAUUGAAGACAAGACAAGAAAUAUGACAAAAGAAGGAUUUGAACCUGGGAUAACUCAGGAUUUACAGAGGGACAUGCUACUCUACAGGUUAUGUUGGUAGCCCCUGAUAACAUAAAAUUAGCAUUUCCUAAAUUUGAAACUUACACAAUGUACAUGUACUUGUUCAAGAGAUCGUGGACAGAAAAUGAAAACGUCUGACUGGACUAAGACCAAGCUUAGUUAAAAAUGUUUUAAAACAUAUUUUUUUUAGACAUCUUUUUAAAAUUGCCAUAAUUUAUGUAGAUAGUUACAAAUAUUUAUUAAAUAGUGGUGACCGUGUAACAAACCAUUCUUACUGUUUGUAUAUAUUGCAAAGAUUUCGGUUGAAUACCC